GGACUCCGAAAAGCCCUCCCAGUUCCUGUUACUGAGGAUGUCGCAACUGCUGAUAAAACUGUUGUAGAAGUCAGCUGCAUCAGCACGCUACCUCUUCAGUUUGGAGGGAAGAAGCGAUCUGCGAAUGCCGCUUUUGGAGAGCAAAAACCUACGAAAGUGCGAAAGACGGAGGUCAUUCUACCGAAGCAGAUCGUAGUUAAGGAGUCUUUAUUCAAAUUUGAUAAUGUAGCAAUGGUACCGCACCACAGUGUUGGCGACGGGCAGCUCUUGGCAACAACCGCCAAGCACCAUCCUAUCCAUCUGUGGAAUGAAGAAGGUUCAAGAAUCUCGUCCUACAGGGGAAUCAAUCACUUGGACGAAUUGACUGCCGCUUACUCGAUCGCGUUUUCCAAUGAUGGUGCACAAUUGUAUGCUGGUUAUGAUGCAUGCAUACGAAUAUGGAACUGUGAUCGACCAGGACGCCAGCAUACCACGAUCCAAACCUGGGGUACAGUUCUCCUAUUGUAUUAA